GGGGAGGGGGACAGCAGAGCCCGAGCCGGCCAUGCCCCGGCCCCGCCGCCCCGGGCAGGUGCCCCCGGGCAGGUAGAGCCAGCCGGGCCCCUGUCCAGCCGGGCCGUCUGUCCUUCCAUCGGCACCUGCACCUCCCUGCGGAGCCCGGCUCGCAGCAGCCUCUGCCACCUUAUUUAUCCAAGCUCCGCCGCCAGCAGCAGCGAGUGCGGGAAAAGUUUUUUGCCAAACUUUUUGUGGUGUUUUUGCUUUGCUUUUCUCACCCCUCUGCGCCAGCCGGGAGGCUCCUGAGGUUCCCCCCGGACACCGCCGGGAUUGGAGAAACGGGGGAAAAGAAGGAAUAAGGGGGUGAAGGAAAAAACCCAGAACCUCGGGAAGAAGAAGGGAAGGCGAACACAGCCCGCAGCCCCAGGAUGAAGCGGUGAAUGGCAAGAACGAUUUAACUGCGAUCAACAAGUGGGAAACCCUGCGCGCCUCGUCCUGCCCGUGCCUUCCCCGAACUCCUCGCAGCGAAGGAAGGAAAACUCCUCCAUCGGGCUCGGCUGCCUCGGGACCGGCCCCGGGAUGCUGCCCCGGGCCCUGCUGGCCGUGUGUGCCCUGCAGGGGCUGCUGCUGCUGCACGGUCUCGCUGAGGAAGAGCUUCUUCAAAAACCAAAGCUGAGCAUUUCCAAGGACCAAAUUGUCAUCUCACCAGGAGACACCCUAAAAAUAAAAUGCUGGGGAGCCCCGUCGGCGAGCUGGCAGCUGAGGGAGGACAGCCCGCGGGUGCACGUGAGCGGCUGCCGCGACGCGCCCGGCCUGGGCUGCAGCCAGCUCGUCCUCAGGAGAGCCACGGCCAACGACACCGGCUACCUCAGCUGUGCCCCCAGCAGCACCCCCGAGCACCAGGGGCUCGUGGCCAGCAUCUAUGUCUUUGUCCAAGACUACAGGAAUCCAUUUGUGGAGAUGCACCCAGAACACCCUGACAUCAUCUACAUCACGGAUGAUAAGAGAAUAGUGGUGAUCCCCUGCCGGGUCACCUCCCCAGACAUCAAACCCAAGCUCAUCCAGUACCCUUCUUCUGCAGAGAUCAACUUCAAGAAGAUGGUGUGGGACCCCAAGAGAGGCUUUGUCAUCCCCUCCCACUCCUUUGUGCCCUCUGGGAUCCUCACGUGCUCGGCCCACGUCAAUGGCAGCGUCUUCAACUCCUACUACAUGGCCCAGAGACUGGAGGGCAGAAUACAGAACCUGGCUCUGAAGGCAAGUGCCAGAAAGCUGCUGGUUGGAGAAACUCUCAAGCUGGAGUGCAAAGCAGAGACCUUCAUCAACGGGCGCAUCGAGUUCAUCUGGACGUGUCCCCGUGGCACACACCCCCACCCCAGGAGAACAAUGGACCAGAGUGAUGUGGUGUACAAAGCUGGCAGCAGCCUGGUAAUUGAAAAUGUCACCAUGGAAGAUGGGGGCCUGUACAUCUGCAGGACAUUCAAUGCCACCAGGCUGGAGGCCAAUGUCACUGUCACCGUGUAUGAAAAACCCUACAUCACGGUCUCACACAAGAAAGGGCCUUACUACGAGAUCACCUCAGGACACAAGUCCCUCAAGCUGGCUGCCAAGGUGGAUGCCUUUCCUCGGCCCACUGUCACCUGGUACAAGGAUGGCAAACUGAUCAAGGACAACCACACCUGCUAUGAGCCAGAUCCACUGAAAUACAGACUGGGAAUACGAGAUGUGAGACCAAAACAUGCUGGGAACUACACCAUGGUCCUGAGCAACCCCAAAUAUGGCCUCUACAAGAACCUCACCAUGCAGCUGGUGGUUACAGAGAGACCCAAGAUCUAUGAAAAGGAAACAGAUUUUCAUAAGGUUGUGAAGGUGGAAUUGAGAAGCAAACACAAAAUCCAGUGCACAGCAAGUGGGAAUCCUGAGCCAAGGAUUGAGUGGAAGUGGCAGCCCUGCAGCCUCACAGGCACCUUGUGCAAUCCUGAGGGGCCAAAAGUUGUGAUUUCAGAGAACACAGUCAUAGGAAACAAGAUCAGGAGCAUUGAGAACAUCCCCAUGAGGCAGGGGGAUAAACCAAAGGUUGUGAGUACCCUCAGCAUGGAGGACAGCAGUGCCUCGGGGGUCUAUUACUGCGUGGCUGCCAACAAGGUGGGCGAGGAGGAGCGGAGCAUCGCCUUCUACGUGUCAGAUGUGCCCUCUGGGUUGCAAACACCCUCCCAAGUCACAGCCAUCGUGGGCAAUGACGUCCAGCUGACCUGCCGGGCCUCCAAGUACAUCUACACCCACCUGGCCUGGUACUACCCCUCCUCAGAGGCAGCUCCCAGCCGCUCUGUGGUCAGGAAAAUGGACAAAUAUUCCAUCUCCUUGACCCUGCUGAUUCCCAAUGUCACGAGGGAGCAGAGUGGCCUCUACAAGUGCCGAGCCCAGAAUGAGCAGAACAGCACGGACACGCUGGAGCAGCACAGCCAGCUCCUGGUCAGAGCGAAGGCGGCGCCGGUCGUGAUCCAGAACCUCACGGACCUGGAGGUCAACAUCAGUGGCAAGAUCCUGCUGGAGUGCAAGGUCAGUGGGACCCCAGAGCCUCAGGUCACCUGGAGGAAGAAUGGCUACCCCAUCUCAGCAGCAUCAGGAAUUUCCAUGGAAAACAACACGCUGGUGAUUGAGAGAGUGAAGAAGGACGACGAGGGGCUCUACGAGUGCCGGGCCUCCAACGAGCUGGGCCAGGACAGCACAUCAGCCUUCAUCAAAAUCCAGGGUUCUGAGGAGAAAUCCAACAUUGAGGUGAUCAUCCUGGUGUGCACAGGGCUGGCUGCCACGCUCUUCUGGCUGCUGCUGACCCUCUUCAUCCGCAAACUGAGAAAGCCCGAUGCCACAGACAUUAAAACAGGAUACCUGUCAAUUAUCAUGGACCCCGAGGAGAUGCCCCUGGACGAGCAGUGUGAGCGCCUGCCCUACGACAGCAGCAAAUGGGAGUUCCCCAGGGACAGGCUGCGCCUGGGUAAAACUCUGGGUCAUGGUGCUUUUGGGAAGGUGGUGGAGGCGUCUGCUUUUGGCAUUGAUAAAUCUUCAACCUGCAAAACAGUUGCCGUAAAAAUGCUGAAAGCAGAAUGUGCAACUACUAAUGAAUGCAAGGCUCUAAUGUCUGAGCUGAAGAUCCUCAUCCAUAUAGGACAUCACCUGAAUGUGGUCAACCUGCUGGGAGCCUGCACCAAAGCUGGAGGUCCUUUAAUGGUCAUAGUGGAAUAUUGCAAAUAUGGAAAUCUGUCCAACUAUCUCAGAGGGAAAAGAGGGGAUUUCAUUGCAUACAAGUCCCAGGAAAACUCUGACCAAGCAGAGAAGAGUCUGGAUGAGUCCAACAGUGACUUGACUGAACUGAUCAAGAGGCGCCUCGAGAGUGUGGCCAGCACAGGCAGCUCUGCCAGCUCAGGAUUCAUCGAAGAUAAGAGUUACAGUGACUCAGAAGAUGAUGAAGAAGAUGCUGAGGAUCUGUACAAGAGGCCCUUGACUCUGGAGGAUCUGAUCUGCUACAGCUUCCAGGUGGCAAAAGGCAUGGAGUUCCUCGCCUCCCGAAAAUGCAUCCAUCGGGAUCUGGCAGCCAGGAACAUCCUCCUGUCCGAGAACAACGUGGUCAAGAUCUGCGACUUCGGCCUCGCCAGGGACAUCUACAAAGACCCCGACUACGUACGGAAGGGAGAUGCACGGCUUCCCCUCAAGUGGAUGGCUCCAGAAGCUAUUUUUGACAAAAUUUACACCACGCAGAGCGACGUGUGGUCUUUCGGAGUGCUGCUGUGGGAAAUAUUUUCUCUAGGUGCCUCUCCUUACCCUGGGGUGCAGAUAGAUGAGGAUUUCUGCCGGCGCCUCAAGGAGGGGACCCGGAUGAGAUCUCCAGAGUAUUCCACCCCUGAAGUCUACCAGACCAUGCUGGACUGCUGGCACGGGGUGCCCACCGAGAGGCCGACGUUCACCGAGCUGGUGGAGCGCCUGGGGGAUCUCCUGCAGGCCAACGUGCAGCAGGAUGGCAAAGACUACAUUCCACUGAACAUCACCCUGUGUCCUGAUGGAGAAUCCAACUCCAAAACCUGCCCUGUGGAAGAAAACCUGAACAAUGGAGUGAAUCGCUGGAGUGCAGUAGAAACUGGAAACAACAGCAAGAAGAGACCCCUGAGCGUGAAGACAUUUGAUGAGGUGCCAGUGGAAAAGGAGAAAGUGAUGCAUGAGGAGUCUGACAGUGGCAUGGUGCUGACCUCAGAGGAGAUAAAAAGCCCCAAGAGGUUGGAGAUCCGUUCCUGGCCCUACGGGAUCAUGGCUCUGGCGAGGAGAGCUGUGAGCAGGAGCAAGGAAUCCAUCCUGGCUGACCACGACACUGUCAAGUACCAGCCAGCAGUGCAGGUGGAAGAGGACACCAUGGAGUUCCCCCUGGAGGACUCUGUCCUGCUCCCCAUGGACCCCAGCCUGGAGUGCCACAGCCCUCCCCCAGACUACAACUCUGUCAUGCACUACUCAGCCCCCCCAGUGUAGGCAGGGCCCCAGGGGCUGAGCUCAGCCCUGCCAGGCUCUGCUGUGCCCCAGGGAGCCUGGGUGGCACAGGAGGGAGCUCUGCUGGGGUAAUGCUUCACAUGUUUCUGCUGGCACAUCUCAGAUGGGAUUAGAAACAAUUUCAGAGCAUCUUCUCUCCUCUUUAAAGGCCUAUUGCAAGAUCUGCAGUGAAUUAAUGACAUUGACUGUCAGGGUCAUGAUGGGAGCUGUAACCCUGAACUGCUGCCACUCCUCCCCCUGGCUGGGGCUGUUCCUUGGCACUGCCACACCCACAGGUUCCUGCAUCCCCACUUCACCCCAUGAGGGUCAUGCCAAGCUGGUUGGGAACACAGGAUUCAAGCUGCUGGCCCUGACACAUCCCACAGGGAUUGGUUAGGCCAGUGCUGGAAGGCAUCUGUUGAAAACAGCAGCAGCCACAUUAAAGGUUUGGGCUUGGAGAAAACUGAAACACCCUUCCUAAUUUGGGAUUUCACCUCCUGUAAAUAUUUCUGAAAUAUUCUGCAAUCCAAGCUAUUCUGGUUGAAAUUUGGAUUUAGUCAUUUCCACUGCCC